AUGGAAGUAGAGAAAAAUAUAGACACGUCCUUUAUUUUUGAAAAACUGAAAUCACAUUCAGAAAAGAAAUCUCAGCAUUAGAGAAUCGGAUUAGAAAUAAAAUAAUCGACUAAAUUUUAUUUGGUUCCUAGAGACAAAUGUAUCAAGACAUAAUAUUGUAACAUCUAUUCUGCGCGCUAUCUGAACUUGGUCAAAAGGUUUUAAAUUGAUAGCGAAGAUCCUUAAUUCAUAGAGUUGAUUUAAAAGAUUUAAGAUUAAAAAGGGACAAUAAAGGCAAUUGGGACUUUGUUCAAAGAAAUGAAAUUAAAACCAUACUAUUUUUCUCAAAAUCAAAAUAAAGCAUUAUAAGGUAGAUCAUACAUUCAUAUUCAAGAUUAUGUUUCGAAUGAAGAUGUCUGUUAUCUAGAGGAUGGAUCAGGAAGAAUUAAAUUAUAAAUAAGUAAUGCCAUACUCUGCUUACCAAAUAAGAAAGAGAAAAUAGUUAAUGUUUCCGAUUUGGUGACAGGAAUUACAUUGAUGAUUGAAGGAUAGAUUGUUGCAAAUAAUAUUAUAAAAGUUGAAAAGUUUUAUUUGCCUUCACUACCUGAGACACCUAUGCUGAAGCAAUUAAACUCGAAUUCAUAUCUCUGUUUAAUAUCUGGCUUAAAUUACAAUGCCUUAGAAAGCACAACAAAAUAUAGACAUAUGAUUGAUUAUUUAUAAGGCAAUUUAUAUAGUGGGGAAGGAGGAGAUAUUCCAUAUAAUAUAUCAUAAGUUAUCUUCACCGGAAAUUUGUACUGCAAACUAGAAGAGACACUUGAUUAAUAAUCACUGCAAUAAGACUUCAAAGGUGUGUUCAGCAAAAUAUAGUUAAACAUAAAAGGAGUUGAUGAAUUGAUUAGUCAGUUAGCAUCAGUUACUCCAGUAGCUGUAAUGCCUGGAGAAAAUGAGCCAGUUUCCCAGAUGCUACCCUAGACACCUCUGCAUAGAUCACAUUUUCCAGAAACUUUUGAGAAAGAACAUCAACUAAUCUUGUUAAGUAAUCCAACAGAAUUUACUCUGGGUGAUUUAAAGAUUCUUGGAACAAGUGGAUAAAAUAUAUCAGAUAUUAAGAAAUGUUCUUAGGUUAAGAAUUAAGAAGAUGUGGAUCUACUGGAAAUGACAAUGUUUUAUGGAAAUAUAGCCCCAACAGCUCCAGAUACUUUGAUUUCGUUUCCAUAGAAAGACUAGGAUCCAUUUGUAUUGUAAGAGUUGCCUAACAUUUACUUUGUAGGUAAUAUGCAAAAGUUUGGAACUAAGAUGGUUGCUGAUAAUGUAAGGAUUGUUAGUGUGCCAGCAUUUUCUGAAACUGGGACAAUCUGUUUAAUUAACUUAAGCACAUUAGAAUGUUUUCCUGUUAUUAUAUAAUGA